AUGUCAAAACGAAUUCAGGAAUAUCCUUGUCAUCCUCAGGUCAAUGGGAGGGAUUUGUCCAGGUCCAGCCAUGAGGACACUGUGGAGACCUUUCGAGCUGCCAAGGAUCCCGUCGUGGUGCAGGUCAUCAGGCGUACCCCCAGCGGCCGCCCCCAUGGCCCCCCUCAGGAAAUCCAUGUGGUGGACGUGUGCACUCAGACCGACAUCACCUUUGAACACAUCAUGGCUCUGGCAAAGCUCCGGCCUUCCACCCCUCCUGUGCCUGACGUCUGUCCCUUCCUGCUCUCUGACAGCUGCCAUUCUCUGCAUACAAUGGAGCAGGAUUACUAUGAAGGGACAGACUACCUCUCGCCAGUUCCAGCUGAUGGAGAGAGGACAGAGGAAUUUGAAUAUGAGGAAGUUGAACUUUGUCGACUCACCAGCCAGGAGAAGCUGGGCUUAACUCUGUGCUACAGGACAGAUGAAGAAGAGGACGUGGCCAUCUUUGUCAGUGAGGUCAGUCCAAACAGCAUCGCUGCCAGAGAUGGACGCAUCCGAGAGGGGGAUCGCAUUUUACAGAUUAAUGGCCAAGAUGUGCAAGAGAGAGAAGAAGCAAUGGCCGCUCUCUCCAAUGACGAGUGCAGGAACAUCGUCCUGCUGGUGGCCAGACCAGAGCUGCAGCUGGAAGAGGCCUGGCUGGAUGAUGAGCAUAGUGAGUUCUUAGAGCAGCUGAAGAUGGAAAUGUUGGAGGAGCAGCAGAGGGAGGAGAUGGAACUAGCCGCCUUGCAGGAGGACCAGGAGAACGAACAGAUAGCUGAAGAUGACAAGCCUACCUGCUCAAUGCUCCCCUACCUGAAGGACAGCGUACGGACUAUAAAGGACCGAAUGGAGAGCUCUGAAGCCAACGUCUUGGCGCAAAUCCAGAGACGUCUGUCCCAGUGCCUGAGGGACAACCGGGACGUGCGCUGCUCCACCAGCUCCACGCGGCUGGAGGACGAAAAGGAAGAGGACGAGGAGGACGCGGAGGGCGACCGUUUCCAGCAGCUGCUGGAGCUGAAGUGCCAGAUCCGGAACAGCGGCGAGUACGACUUGUUCUACAGCCGGCGCAGCACCAUCGAGUGCAGCGUGGGCGAGCCGGGCGGCGUGCAGCACGAGCUGCGCAUGCUCAACGAGGAGCUGCGCAGCAUCGAGCGGGAGUGUCAGAACAUCAUGCAGGCCCACAAGCUCCGCAAGGGUCAGUCCCCCCUGACCGGCCGCUCGGCCCCCUGCGCUAAAAGUCAAAGCAGCGUCCGCGGGGAGCCCCCGAGGGGGAAGCUGGCCGACACCAGCGAGAGGCUGGAAAAGUCGGACAAAGACAGCUCCAGCGCCUACAACACGGCCGAGAGCUCGCGGAGCACUCCUCUGGCCAUGGACCGCUCCCCGGAGCACUCGCUGCAGAGGAUGGUCAGCCUCACCAACCAGAGGAACCUGUGCAGCGGCCUGGCCGCCGGUCAGUCGCCCAGCCCCAGCCCCAGCCCCGGCCCCGGCCCAGUAGCCCUGGGCAAGAGCAGCAGCCCUGACCACAGCAACCCUUCCGAGUCGGACCAGACGCCUCAGGCCGAGGAGGAGGAGGGCGGCGGGAGCCUGAAGCAGAGGGCCUCCCGGAACCCUUACUUCUCCCCCUCGCACAGCGCCCAGCAGAGGUACGCCAACAUCCCGGCCCACGCCCGCCACUACCAGAGCUACAUGCAGCUGAUCCAGCAGCGCUCGGCCGUGGAGUACGCCCAGAGCCAGCUCAGCCUGCUCAGCGUCUGCAAAGAGCCGCAGAGACCCGUCAACGAGCCCAAGAUGGAGUGGAAGGUCAAGAUCCGCAGCGACGGCACCCGCUACAUCACCAAGAGGCCCGUAAGGGACAAGAUACUAAGGGAGAGGGCCUUAAAGAUUAAAGAAGAGCGUAGCGGGGGGAUGACCACCGACGAUGACGCAAUGAGCGAGAUGAAGAUGGGGCGGUACUGGAGUAAAGAGGAGAGGAAACAGCACCUGGUCAGGGCAAAGGAACAGAGGCGAAGGCGGGAAUUCAUGCAGCGCAGUCGGCUGGAGAGCCUGAAGGAGAACCCUCAGAGCAGCAGCGAGGCCCGCAAGGAGGUCAGCAUCAUCGAGCUCAGCCACAAAAAGAUGAUGAAGAAGCGGAACAAGAAGAUCCUGGAUAACUGGAUGACCAUUCAGGAGCUGAUGACUCACGGUACGAAGGCCCCCGAAGGAGCUAAGGUCCACAACGCCUUCCUUUCAGUCACUACUGUGUAA